ACUCUUCCGCAGUUUCGCCACAGCGCGUCGCCGGCGCUCCUGUCUCCUGCCUCAGUUAUUUUUGUGAAACGCUAGAAAACGCGCGCAAUUUUCCGAGCAUGGCGCGAAAAUUGUGUUUACGACAAAUCAGAGAGUUGAAAUCGCUGAGGAAGCUUUCUACCAGUGUCGCGUCGAGGAAAAAUGAUGAUUAUAUCAUAAAAUCGCCUCUCCGGGAUGUGGAGAUACCGAAAAUGCGGUUUUUGGACCGCGUGUGGAAGUUUUCAGAGAGUUAUAAGGAUCACGAAGCUGUGAAAUGUGCCGAAACAAAGAAGAGUUACACAUACAGACAAGUGAGGAAGAACAUGGCGAUUUUCGCGACAUCACUCCGAAAGAAACUAUGUUUGGAGGAAAACGAUAUAGUCUCUGCUCUGUUACCAAAUAGCCCGGAAUUCCCCGUCGUCGCCUUUGGUACAAUACAGGCUGGUUGUAUUUUUAGUCCCGUCAAUCCUGCUUAUAAAGAAAUUGAGAUAAGCCACCAACUAAGUACGACACAGCCAAAAGUAGUAAUAACAAUACCCGAGUGUUACGAUAACGUAAUGAAAGGAAUGAAACUUGCCAAGAGUCGCGCAAAAGUAAUCAUUGUUGAUAGCCCCAACAAAGCAAUACCGGCCGGUGUGAUAAGGUACACAGAAAUUGCCGAAUCCGGUGAAACCGACUAUAUUUUACUGGAUACAAUUGAUAAAAAAGAUGACGACGUGGCUUUUAUACCAUUUUCAAGUGGAACUACAGGUUUACCUAAAGGAGUUGAGAUCACAUACAAAAAUUUGCUAGCUGCAGCUGAAAUUAUGGCCGUAAAAGAGAACUGUUUUCCGAUUUUAACACAUGGUGACUUCCAAGACGUAGUACCGUGUAUACUACCAUUCUUCCACAUAUACGGAAUGGUUGUUACUCUACUUGGGCAUUUCACAAACGGCUGCAAAUUAGUAACUCUGCCAAGGUUCUCAACUAGUCUAUAUUUCGACGUGCUAAGAAACCAGAAUCCGACUCUUUUGUAUGUGGUGCCUCCUGUUGCUAUUCUCCUCGCCAAACACCCAGACGUUACGAAGGAUCAUUUCAAGAAUGUCAGAACGAUUGUUUGCGGCGCAGCACCUUUGGCAUCCUCCGAUGUUACUGCACUAUUAGAGAAAGGAAAUGGCAAAAUGGAGUUCUGUCAAGGGUUCGGCGCGACUGAGACCACAUCGUUAGCGACGUCCACAUUCAUCGGAACCAACGAAGUGGACUACUCGAGUUGUGGUUUCGGUCUCGCCAACAUUGAGAUGAUGUUUGUGGACCCCGCCACUGUGCAACCGGUUCCUUUUGGUGAGUCAGGAGAACUCUGCAUCAGAUCUCCCACAGUGAUGAAGGGGUACUACAAGAACGACAAAGCAACGAAGGAGACGCUGACAGAAGAUGGAUUCUUCAGGACUGGUGAUCUGGGACAUUACGAUCCCAAGUACGGCAUCUACGUUACUGAUAGAAUUAAGGAACUUAUUAAGGUAAAAGGAAUGCAAGUAGCUCCAGCGGAACUGGAAAGCAUACUACGUUCACACCCUGCGGUCCAGGAUGCUGCAGUCAUUGGCAUCCCCCACGAGUACUAUGGCGAGGCGCCAAAAGCCUUCAUCAUCAAGAAGAACGGUCUCAACGCGUCUUCAGAAGAGAUCCAAGACUAUGUUGCCAGCAAAGUGGCUUCUUUCAAAAAGAUCGAAGAAGUUGUAUUUGUCAAUGACAUCCCCAAAACUAGUUCGGGGAAGAUUUUGAGAAAGGAAUUGAAGAAAAUGCAUGCGUAACUGUAAUAUAAUUGUAAAUAAUUUUAUAGUAUGACUGCGAUUUUGCUUCUAUACGGUGGAAAGGCGUUAGAUAACGUCAUAAUUAUAAAUUAUUUGGUCCAGGUUUGGCUAGUGGGAGGCUUCGGCCGUGGUUUCCAUCCUACCGACAAAGACGUACCGCCAAGCCACUUAGUCUUACAGUACGAUGUCGUGAAGAAAUCGAAAGGGGUGUGGCUUUUCAUCCUCGUUCUAACCGUUCAUCAAGUUAGCCCGCUUCCAUCUCAUCUCAACUGUUCCUUUUACAAAAUUGCUUUACUGUAAGCAUACUCUUAAUUUAUAUACAAUUUAAAAAACUGUCAUCAUCCCUAUUCUAAAACUGUCAAAGCAAAAUUAUCCAGUUUUAAGUGAAUUUUUCUACAUGAUUAUUGUGCGUCCUUUUAUUGAGGUCAAUGGUAGGAUGUUUUCAGCUUUUGGGCUCACGCUUAGCCAGGGAAAAAAAAAAGAUUGUGGAUUACCUACAUUUUGCUAAUUUAGCAUUCACACAUAAGAGGCCCCUGUAGACCAGGGACCCCGUAUCGCUGAUACGGCGUUAGCUACGCCCCUGGUUAAAAGUCAGUUUAAAGAGCAAGAAGUAUUUGUUUCUAAAUUCAAUCGAAUCUAAAGUUGAUAUACUUACACGUAUCUAGUACGUACAUAAAUAUGGCAUUUCUUUUGAAAGUUUGAAUGAUCUCUAAAUAAUUGAGUGCGUGAUUUUUAACUGUUUAUAAUGUUUACUUGUAAGUAUUGUAAGAAUGUAUAAAAUAUUUUGGUAGGAGUUAAGGGAAUAUUAGCAAUAAUCAUCACAGAAAAUAAUGGAUUGGUAAACUCUUUUUAAUAAAUGUAUUUACAUUGUACGUGUGGCGUGCACUUCUUAUAUGCAAAACUGCACUCCCUGUCGGGGAGUGCCCAGUUCGCACGAGAGUUUUUUUAAUGGACGUUAAAAAAUCGUUUUAAUAUAGUAUGUAGUUAAAUGAUGUUCUUUUUCCAACGCCCAAAAUUUAAAAUGCAACACUGCCUGAAAAUAGCGUCGUGUUUUAAAAACGCUGUCGUGUGAAUAUAUACUUGGGAAUGCAUUUUGUUGUAUAUGAACGUUUUUGUAACAUCCGCUAAAAAAAACUCUCGUGCGAAUAAAGGCUUACGGCUCGUGUAUUGGACACUGCGUGCAUGACGGCUCGACUUAUGAAACGUCUUCGCCGCCGUCUGCGCUGCAGAAUCGUUGACCGUCAAUGGCUGACUUAAGAAUCUUUAUUGGAGAAGGGGUUUUCCAUUUGUCUGUUUACGCCUACCCUACUUAAAAAACUUGUGCUCGCCACUUAUUGUACCUACUCGGAAUUGGGGCCAUACUAAUGUUAGGAUAAUUUAUGUGAAUUAAUGAUAUUUUUGAAUGUUUAAAUGUCAUUGUAAAAUACAAAGUGCCUGCUACUUAACUUAACUAUCACAAUUUUCGCAAUUUUUUGGAUAGAUUUAUAAUGGGAAUUUUAAACAAAUUGGAGGGAUUUAUACAAACUACAAAUACACCUAUAAUUAAAUGAGCUUUUAUAAUGUAUUAUGUAUAUUUUUAGAGUUUUUCAAAAUUACAAAAUUGAACCAAAUUAUUUUACUAAAUUAGUGACAAAUGCAUUAUUAAUAUUAUUAUUCUUGUUUGUAUACAAUUUUAAAAUUAAAUUUAUUAAAGUUUAUUUAAAAAUAAUGAUAUAUACAAUUAUUGUUUAUCUCUUUAUUUGGCUUUAUAAAUAAAGGAAUUGUUUUUAUCACAAUAUUUGUUAUAUGGAAAUUAAAGUUGUUUCAAAAAAUGUUUU